AAUUUAUUCUCUUCUGCUCUCUCAGAGGAGAUGGAAUAACAAUGAUGUUGCUCCGAAAUUUUAUAAGAAUCCGUCCUAAAUACAGUUUAACGUUUAAAUUUAAAUCAAAUAAUGAAAGAUUAUUUAUACGCCAUUUGUGUACAAUAAAUCAAAAAAAUACAAUUGGCGACAUUAUUAAACGCUGGCAUCAACGAUUUGAAGACGAAAAUGUUUCAGAGCCAAUCGAAUCUAUUGAACACAUUGUCUGCCAUGUGAUUGGCAAAAAAAAGAUAAUGGACCUUGGAGGUCUACAAGAAAAGGAACUCACAUUAAAUGAAAUAGAAAAACUGGAAAUGCUUUGUGAAUGCAGAUUUGCAAGAAUGCCAGUACAAUAUAUUAUCGGAGAAUGGGACUUCCGAGAUAUCACGUUAAAAUUAGUACCACCAGUAUUCAUUCCACGACCAGAGACUGAAAUUUUAGUUGAUUUUGUACUGAAAAGAAUAUCCGCCGGUAAUUUUAAUGAUUCCUGUGAUAUACUAGAAGUUGGUUGUGGCUCUGGUGCAAUUUCCUUAGCUCUUUUACAUGCCUGUAACAAGAUUAAGACUUUGGCUAUCGACACAAAUAUUCAUGCUUGUAAUUUGACGAUCGAAAAUGCUAAAAAUUUAAAACUCGAUGAUCGAUUGACAGUGAUUAAUGCCACACUACAAGAUGAUGCAACAAUUAAAAAUUCAUCAGAUGAAAAUUCUGUUGACUUAAAUGACGAGAAAUUUGACUUCAUAAUUAGCAAUCCUCCUUAUGUGUCAACCAAACAAGUUUUCAGAUUAAUGCCUGAAAUAAAAUUAUACGAGGAUGUGAGAGCAUUGGACGGAGGUGAUGACGGAUUAAAAGUCAUAAAACCAUUAUUACAUUACUCGUCAAAAUCUUUAAAACCAGGAGGUCGACUUUUUAUGGAAAUAGAUCCUGCUCAUUCUGAGUACAUACAAUUUUUUACCGCAAAAUAUACAAAUUUAAAACUCAAAUAUGAACACACAUAUAAAGAUUUUUGUAAUUAUGAUCGAUUUGUCGAGGUUUCAAAAAUAUAAACAAUAUGCAAACAAAAAUUAAACUUACAUAAACAUUGUACAUAGAAUAUAAUAUAAAUUAAACGAAAGACUAAAAUUUAA